GUCACCGCCGCGGCUGUGUCAGGACACCGAUCGUGAGGUGCGGGGCUGGGAGCCCGACUUCAGACCGCGAGGAAAGAGGGCGGCAGCAAGUACAUUCGGUGCUUGGCUCGGCCUUCUUUUCGCCUCCCACUGCUAGACUAGAAGGGGCUUCUGCAGGCCCGAGGUGGGCUUUGCAAAGAGGAACAGCCGGGAGGACGGCGUGCUACGAAGAGCUGCUGCGCAGGAGGAAAUGGCCACGCCAGCUCUGUCUGUGCCGUCUCCCUUUUCUGUUUCCAGGGGUAGGAAAGACUGGAGUUCAUGGUUUUCAACCGGGGACGUUGUGCGCUGUAGCUCUCGCGGGGUGUCGGGCACCGGGCGGGAGCUGCGUGUGCGCUCAGCAUGUGUCAGUGCCCGGUAAGAGCGCGCACUGAGCGGCUGUCAGCCAAUGAAGGACAGUCCCCGACUCUUCCCCGCCGUUAAACUAAAAGGUUCACUCACAAGGAGUGGCCGCUGUGUGACUUCAGCCCUAAAGGUCUCUUAUCAGGGCAGAGUCCAAAUAAUUCCAGAUUAGAACAUGGAGGCAGGAGAAAGAGUCAAGGCUUUGCCAGACAUGCAAAAAGCGCUGAUAUCUAACACCUGGCUUCUAUAGCAAUUUGCUGCGUGUAGAAUAUUGACUCAGAUGUCAAAGUGCGGAUGUUGUUCUUACGUUAUCUUUUUCUGCUUUUCUCUUCCUGGCUCACGGCGAACCUGAGGGCUUUAAGGAGUGCAGUGUAGACAACCACAAGAAAUCUCAGCUAGCGAUUUACCCUCAUCUGAAACGCAACGGCACUUUUGCUGCGGUUGUUGCUCAUCAUGGCUUGACAGUAGGUCCCCACUGUGUGAUGACAUAAUACUGUUCUUUUUGGCUGAAUAAUACUCCAUUGUCGGUGGGGAGCAAACUCAAGGCCUCGUUCUGCUGAGCAGGUGUUCGGCUCUGAGCCACAUCCCUAUGCUAAAUCCUAAGCAUCAUUUUUGAUAAGUACAUACUGCUGAGUGUUCAUCUGGUGAAACUGAAGAUCUUUCAGAAGAAAUAAAUCUAGAAGAACCUGUGCCUGCCGGCCUUCUCAGCCGCUGUGGAUGGCCCCGGCCCUCCUGACUGCCCUUCCCGGUAGGAUGUCCCUGAGGUCCCUGAAGUGGAGCCUCUUGCUGCUGUCGCUGCUGAGCUUCCUGGUGAUGUGGUACCUCAGCCUUCCGCACUACAAUGUGAUCGAGCGCGUGAACUUGAUGUACUUCUAUGAGUACGAGCCACUUUACAGACAAGACUUCCGCUUCACGCUGCGAGAGCAUUCAAACUGCUCGCAUCAGAACCCGUUCCUGGUCAUCCUUGUGACUUCACACCCCUCAGAUGUGAAAGCCAGACAGGCCGUUCGGGUCACCUGGGGAGAGAAGAAGUCUUGGUGGGGGUACGAGGUGCUUACAUUUUUCUUACUAGGCCAGCAGUCUGCAAGGGAGGACAGGAUGUUGGCCUUGUCCUUGGAGGACGAGCACCUUCUCUAUGGGGACAUCAUCCGGCAGGAUUUUUUAGACACGUAUAAUAACCUGACCUUGAAAACCAUUAUGGCAUUCAGGUGGGUAACUGAGUUUUGCCCCAAUGCCAAGUACGUCAUGAAGACGGACACGGAUGUUUUUAUCAAUACUGGUAAUUUAGUGAAGUAUCUUUUAAACUUAAACCACUCAGAGAAGUUUUUCACAGGGUAUCCUCUAAUUGAUAAUUAUUCUUACAGAGGAUUUUACCAAAAAGCGCACAUUUCCUACCAGGAGUACCCUUUCAAGGUGUUCCCUCCCUACUGCAGCGGCUUGGGCUACAUAAUGUCCCGCGACUUGGUGCCGAGGAUCUACGAGAUGAUGAGUCAUGUGAAGCCCAUCAAGUUCGAAGAUGUGUAUGUUGGGAUCUGUUUGAAUUUGCUGAAAGUGGACAUUCAUAUUCCGGAAGAUACAAACCUUUUCUUUUUGUACAGAAUCCAUUUGGAUGUCUGUCAGCUCAGACGUGUGAUUGCCGCCCAUGGGUUUUCCUCUAAGGAGAUCAUCACCUUUUGGCAGGUUAUGCUAAGAAACACCACGUGCCACUACUAACCGGCCACCGUACCGGAAGCCUGGUGAAGGGCAGCGUGCUUCCUGGGUGUCAGAGCCGGCGCUGGGGAAAGCUGGAAAGGUCGGUGUGCUGGUUCACACCGCGGUGAGACACGGAGACGCGAGGGCCACACUGCGCUUGGGAUUUAUUUUGAUAAAAUUCAAGUCAGAUCUUUUAAGAUGGUGUUCGGCAGAAUGAAACAUUUAUAAAAGAGUCAGAGGUAUUUGUUCAUAAAAUUAAUAAGACCAAACAAUUUGAACAUGUCAUUCUGUAGACUAGGAUUUCCUAAAAGGGUUUCCCUGAAUUAUAAGCUCAUUAAUGUGUGACAACAAAGCAUUGUGGCGUUCUAUUUAUUGGACAGUCUAAGAGUCUAGUGUGUAUCCCACAUGGAUUACCAGUUUUUAAAAAAUACGUAGUUCUGUGUAAAGAAACUUCACUGAAGUUAUACUGAACAAAAUUUCACCUGUUUUUUGCACUCAGAAGGUACUUCCUGAUGUCCAGCAUUUCAGAGUUCUCAAUUAUUAUUUAAUACUACAGACUUCCUGGGUGUUUAAAUGCUGUGGGGGUUUCAGUCCUGUGUAAAUGGAAUCCUGAAUCACUUCUUACAUUUGAACCUCCCUGCAGUUACUCCAUGUAUCAUUUUAUUACUGGGAUUCCUUUAAUGUGAAACCGUAGGUCAUUCUUGAGUAUUAAUCUCUUGAAUGUGUUACAUAUUCUCCUGUGGUAAUACAGACAAAAACUGAAGCAGAAGCAUCUGAGUUGCUGUCGUCUUGUGUUUGAAAAUGCAGUCCCGUGUUUUUAGAUGUCAUUUGUCUGCCUUGGCUUUCCACGCAAAACUCAGGAGGGGUGCGGAGUGCCAGGCAGCGCGUUUCCUUUUGGAAAAGACUUCGACGUGCAAAUGAAGGCCAAGAACCUGAUGGCUAGAAAGUUACGGAAAGAGUCCCAUUCCCGAGUUUGCGUUGGAAAAACUGAACGAAAAGUUGCAUUGCUGAUCUGCCCUGUGUAUCUCCUCACUAACAGUCAAUUUGUGAAUAAAGAGGAAAAAAGAAAAAGACA